AUGGAUGAUCUAUUGUUUGAAGUGCUUUUGCAAUUGCUGAGCAUAUCAUCUUGUCUCCAGCAACUGUCUGGAAGAAAAGAUGUUGCAUAUCAGGAUGUAAAGAGAGAUUUUCAUUUUGAUCUGUCUGACAUUUUUAAUCCCGUGUACCUUUUCCAUCUGUUUCUUUCAGAGAUACACUAUGAUCAUCAAGUGCUUCUUGACUAUCUCAUUUCAAAAGAUACUGGAAUAAGCUGUGUUAAAUAUCUUCUUAGAUGCAUGCUUUUGAUAUGCAACUCAUGGAAAUCAUUUGUGGAAUUUCCAUUAUCUGGAGAACUUUUAAAUCAAUCAUCUUGCAAGAGAAGAAAACUUUUAGGGGAUGAUCUACAGUUUGUUGCAGAUGAAACGUCGUCUUCAGUUGACAAUAAUGGAAGUAUUGAAUUGCAUAUCAAGAAUUUUAAGGAAGAUAGUGAAUAUGACUUCAAGCACCAUAACAUUGAACAAUUCAAGAAAGCUGCAGAAUGUUUACUAUCUUUAAACAAUUCCAUUGGAAAUCUUCAUCAAAAGAGCCUGUUUCCAUAUAAUCCUGAAGUGCUUCUGAAACGUUUAAGAAGAUUUCAAGAGUUAUGCUGCCACGAAAAGUUAUUCGACAGACAGAAAGUUGAAACUGCAUAUUUGGUAGUGGCAGCAUUGAUGAACAAAAAGGAGGGAAAUGACUACUAUUCCUGGUUCCUAUCACUGUUUCCAUUUUUGAAGUGCUCUAAUUUGUUGGAGAUUAAUCCAAUGAUCGAUCACUAG